AUGGAGGCGGUAACUGAGCGCCAUUUCUUUCACCAUGGCGCGCCUAGACCUGCCACAACCAAAACAGCUCUCAGGGCUAUCGAGAGAGAAAAGCUAGAUUGCCAAUGGUGCCAGAUACGAGCUUUCCCGAAUCAUAAACAGUACCCGAUCACCAUCGUCAAUGAAUUCGACGAUGAGGUUAUCCCGCCGAACUUCCGAUUUCUCCAACAUUCGAAGCUCGGCCACGGCGUACAGGCCGCAGAGGAUAGUUUUCGAAGCGGAUGCGAAUGUGAAGACGAGGAAGAAUGCCAGUACAAGGGCUGUCUCUGCCUGCAAGAGCAGGAGGACGACUCGGACGACGAGGGCGAAGCGAGGAAAAAGGCAUACAUGUACCAUAUGCAUGGCGCCAAGGCCGGCUUGCUGCGGUCAAAGUUCCUGAGCUCGACGCGACCCAUCUACGAAUGCCACGGAGGCUGCGCAUGCGACGUGAGCUGUCCUAACAGGGUGGUCGAGAGAGGUCGACAGGUUCCUCUUCAGAUAUUCCGGACAGAGAAGACGGGCUGGGGUGUCCGGUCGUUACUCGACAUUAGAAGAGGCCAGUUCGUUGAUAACUACAUUGGCGAGAUUAUUACACCACAGGAAGCGCAGCGCCGGCGGAAUACCUCCAACUUUGCGCAACAGAAGGACGUUUACCUUUUCGCGCUCGACAAGUUCACGGACGAGAACUCCCCAGACAUGCGCCUCCAAGGUCCCCCGCUCGAAAUCGACGGCGAGUUCAUGUCAGGACCGACGCGGUUUAUUAAUCACUCUUGCGAGCCGAAUUUGCGAAUCUUUGCGCGCGUGGGAGAUCAUGCCGAUAAACACAUCCACGAUCUCGCCUUCUUUGCGCUUCGCGACAUUCCCCGCGGAGAGCAGCUCACGUUUGACUACGUUGACGGUGUGAGCGAGGACGCUGCCGAUGCCAAAGACAAGAGCAAGCAAGGUGACAUGGUCCCGUGUCUCUGCGGCAGCAAGAAUUGUCGACAGUUCCUAUGGUAG